AUGGGGGAGAAAGAACGGGGAGGCAGUGCAGAGACUUGGGACCUGGUGAGCUUCGAGACCUACCUCGGGCCAAGGCGCCCCGUCCAGUCCAGUGAAAGCCCCACCUUGCAGAUCCUGAGAAUCCUGCCCUGCCUCGAGAGGGGGCUGGGGAGGGAGGUGCCCAGAGCCAGAGAAGGGGGCAGGAGGCUGGAAGGAGGGAUGAAAAAGAGAGACAGAGUUUCAGGCAGCAGAAGGCGGAAGACCAAGAGAUCACCGUCGGCAAAGCGAACUUCCAGGCCUCCAGGGAAGCUUCAAGGACCACUCAAACGAGACCCAGCAGAGGAGCAGGCGGGCAGGACACAGAAGAGGAAGCUGCAGCAGCACACUACCCUGCUGACCCAGAUGGAACCAGCAGCGGCCACGGCCACAGGGGCUGAGCAGGCCUCCCAGAGGGCAAAGGAGUUCAAGGGCCUUGCGGCCACCUAUGCAGUACAGUCAGGCCCAAGCGCCGGGUCUGAGAGAGGCAGCUUUGCGGACAAGAACCUGCUACCCCUGACACCCCGGCAGCUGGCAGCAUUCCAGGAUGUCUUCAAACUGUUCAGCUCCAGCCCGACAGGCACCAUGGACAUAGGCACCAUGGACAUGCGCAGCAUGAAAGCUGCCCUGUGCAAUGUGGGUGUCCAGCUGAGCCGACAGGAGAUGUGUGAGGCUCUGCGGUUGGCAGCCUUGGAUGGUGAUGGAACGGUAAGCUUCAAAGACUUCCUGGGUGUCCUCACUGACAGCCAGCGACUCGCUCAGUGCUUGGGCAGGGUGAGGAACAGCCGGGUCUGUGAUCCCCAGGGCUUGCAAACCCUGUUCUUAGAGAUGCUGUUCAAGCUGAUGCGUCUGGGCUUUGUGCCCUUCAAGGCGGUGCAGGAGGUGAUGAGCUACUACUCCAAGAAGCAGCGGUCUCUGCGGCUGAACUCAAGCUGUAAGGGCCGGUCCCGCGGCCACGGCCGCAGCGCGCGCUCUCACGCGGGCCUCGCGUUCUUCUGCCAGGCCGCGCGCCUUAGCGACCUUUCCAAUGCCGAGCUGGCGCGCUCGCUGCACGGACUGCACAAAGCAGGUGCGCGCAGCCCGUACUCCCAGAUACCUAACCUGAACGGGCGGAUGCAGUCAGAAUGCCUCGCGCGGAACCGAACCCCGUGCCCCGACGUCCGAUUUCCCAAGUCCUACCAGCCCAACCAUCCCAAGCGCCGGCCAAACCGUGGGCCUCACAGCCAAGGAUUCGUGGGCCAGACACUAGGGUAUACGCGCUCUUUGAAGCUGGCUCCCUCCCCCCCAACUCUACUGCAGAAGCAGCCCCUCCUCUCCCCUUCUCCGGCCCGUUUGCAGAGAACUGCUAUGAAGAACUUGUAG